UGAAUUUUAUUUCUUUCCCGUAGUAAACUUAUAGAUGAAGUCUGAUUUAUAAACACCUUGACAUUGUCACUGUUUGGGAGGCGCCUAAAGUUGUAUAAAGAUGGAGUUCCAAUAGUCAAUUGUGGUCGAGUUAGCUUAUUUAAUUCUAUACGGAGACAACUUUCUUCGUCCCCUUCUACAAUUUAUCUUGAAAAAAUGGUGCAACCCAACACUGUUCGUCUCACUAACCAUCGUCUCGUGGACCAAAUCUUGGUGGCAAUGCUUCAAAACCGACCAUUCGACACCCACAUCCAUCCUGCAGCUUCUACUUCCACCACACACCAGUUAUGGAGUUCCGACUCCGUUUCCGAUGUUCUAAGAUCGGUGCCUCGGUUCUUUUUUCAAUCUGCCCGAUCUAUUGGCACCCAAAAGGGUUUUCGGCAUCGUACUCCUCUUAAGCAGAGGAAAUUGAAAGAGGAGGCUUACAAGUUCCGUAACAAUGUGCUUGUUCUCGGCCCUGCUGCUCACAGGGACCCUUUCAAGGUUAAGCUUGGAUUGAGUAAAGCGUUGGAGUUUUUCUAUUGGGUCGAAACCCAUUUUGAGUUCCAACACGACGAGAUUACUUGCAGAGAGAUGGCUUGCGUUUUGGCUCGAGGGAAUAGAUUGAUGGGACUUUGGGAUUUUUUGAAGGAAAUGUCCAGGCGGGGAAACGGUGGGCUUGUUACUACGGCGACCAUCACGUGUUUGAUAAAAGUCCUAGGAGAGGAAGGUCUGGUGAAUGAAGCACUGACUGCAUUUUAUAGGAUGAAGCAGUUUCAUUGUAAGCCUGAUGUUUAUGCUUAUAAUACUGUUAUCAAUGCUUUAUGCAGGAUUGGGAAUUUCAAGAAGGCUAGGUUUUUGUUGGAACAGAUGGAGUUGCCUGGAUUUAGAUGCCCACCUGACAUUUUCACAUAUACGAUUCUAAUUAGUUCUUAUUGUAAAUAUAGCUUGCAAACUGGCUGCAAAAAGGCCAUUCGAAGGAGGUUGUGGGAAGCCAAUCACUUGUUUAGAAUCAUGUUGUUUAAGGGAUUUUCACCAGAUGUUGUGACCUACAAUUCUUUGAUUGACGGAUGUUGUAAAACGUACCGAAUCAAGCGCGCAUUGGAAUUGUUUGAGGAUAUGAGCAAAAGGGGUUGCACUCCCAAUCGGCUUACUUACAAUUCUUUCAUCAGAUACUACAGUGCUGUGAACGAGAUUGACCAAGCAAUCAAAAUGUUAAGAAUGAUGCAAAAGAUGAACCAUGGAAUUGCCACAUCCAGUUCUUAUACUCCUAUUAUUCAUGCUCUAUGCGAAGGAGGAAAGGUAAUUGAGGCCCGUGAUUUUCUUCUUGAGUUGCUUAAGGAAGGCUCUGUGCCUAGAGAGUAUACGUAUCAGUUGGUAUGUAAUCUGCUGAACUCAGCAGGCAAAGCAAGUUUACUAGACGAAAACGUGCACGAAAGAAUAAGACAUGGAAUAGAAAAUAGGUAUAAGGAAGUAAAGAAAGUAAAGCUAAUUAUGUCAAGGAAAGGAUACUGAUGCCUGUAAUGAACGAAGACAGAGCUGGACUUUUCACGGUGAGGUAAAGAGGGGUGGAUGAGAACAUGUUUUGACAAUUUAUUAUCUCCUCAUCCACUCUCAGCAGCCCAUUGUGACAGUUGCCUUGUGGUUUUAACUAAGGCUCAAAGGAAAGCAUCAUCGGUUAUGAAUGAUUUUCUGGGGGUUGAAUGUAAGGUGCAUAUGGGCCUUCUAUAGCUAAAGAUAAAGCUCCUUUUUGGGUCUGACUCAUCGCCCUUUUGAGAACUAUCAUUGAGAAUAUGGAGAGACGUCUUAACAGGAAGGUAGGCUCACUUUGAUCCAACAUCCAAGCCACGUUUAGCAACCUACCCACAUACUUCCUUUCUCUUUUUAAGAUAUCAUCCAUGACGAGUGAUCGGAUUGAUGAACUAUAUUGAAAAUUCUUUUGGAGUGGGCACAAUGACAAAAGAAACAUACUCUCUAUCAAUUGACAUCAAGUUCAAGUUCAACUUCGUAUUUCCGAAGAGGGACUUGGCUUGACCGACUUUGAGAAUGAGAAAAAGAAACAAAUGCCUAUUGGCAAAUUGGAUUUAGAGAUACCGGCUCGAGACAGGUGCUCCGUGGAGGCGCCAUAUUGAUGCUAAGUACGACUCACCCCUCUGUUCACAAAGCAUAUUCUUCAAUAUUUAUAAAGUCUAGUGGAGUUAUAUUGCUAAAAUGCUGAUUUGAUUCAUGAUAACAUUGAGAAUGUGAUUGGAAAUGGUGAGAAAACAUUGUUUUCGUAUUAACUGCUACGUUGGGACUGAAGGAUUACAGAUCAUGCAAAUUGCAAGUUGAAGCAAUUUGGAUUUAAAGCACUCAAAUAACAUCAAUUUUAAGGAUUAAACAUGUUUGAUCUUGAAAUGAAAAGUAGAGUUUUAUGAGUA